AGGUCAAUAUCGGGCGAGCUGUCGCUUGUGGUUGCUCCAUCAAGCAAACCGGAUGAUGUGCCGGCACCAUGUCAUGUGAAACAUUUUCGGGCUCUUUUUGAUUAUGACCCUGAGGUGAGUGUGCUUGUCAUAUAG